AUGAUCAGAGGGCUGGCUACUUUCAUUCUUCUAGGGGGAGUAUUUGUGAUUGAAACCCUGGAGCUUCCUGAAGAAAUCCCCUUGAUUGAGGCAGAACUUGGUGAUAAUGUGACUUUCACAUGUUCCUCUCAGGAUUUUGACCAGGCACUGAUGUACUGGUAUAAGUUUCAAUAUGGUUAUGUGAUCCAUACAAUUUUAAAGAGCAGUUUUGGGAAAUUUAAUGAACAUUUUGACGACUCAAAAAUCUAUACUGUAAAAAAGAAUGAUGAUAAAUUAAUUCUCACAAUAAAAAAUGUCAGCAAAGAAGAUGAAGCCGCUUACUUUUGUCAGGCAGGUUCUUCAUACAACAUGGAAUUCAUCAAUGGGAUUCAUUUAUUUGUGAAAGGUAAAAAUGAACUGAAAUCUGGAUCUGUGAAACCGAGUCCAAAACUGGAGUUGGUCCUGCUGGGAAACACAGUGAAUCUGCAGUGUUCAGUUCUGUCUGAAAAGAAUCUGUGUGCCAGAGAACGCAGAGUUUACUGGUACAAAGCUGGAUCUAAAUCUCCCGCAGACAUCUUUCAUGCAACCAGUCCCAGCUGUGAUGAUCGAGAAGGGAGAUGUGUCUACAAUCUGUCCAAAACCAUACAGACUUUCUCCGAUUGUGGCGUUUACACCUGUGCUGUGGUCUCAUGUGGAGAAAUCAUGUUUGGUGAAGGAACCAAAGUGCAGAUGGCACAAGACAUGUUGUGUACCAAUGCUAAACAACAUAUCAGCAUAUUUGGGACACUGUUAGCCUGCAGCAUACUUGCAAAUAUUGCAUUAUUUCUUGCAAGGAAGAGGCAAAAAGGAGUUUUCGGGCUCUGCAAAGGCGAUGCUGCAAGGUCCAGCCAGGCUGAACAGCUUAGAUCAGCUGAAGACCAACCAAACCAUGGGGGUUUUGGGGAAACUGAGAUGUGUUAUGCAGCCUUGGAUUUCACUCCAGGACAAUUAAGAAGACCAAAAAUCACAGAAAACCCAGCAGAGGACUAUAUAUACUCACAGACAAUGUUUAAAAGAAGAGUUCGUGAAGAGUAAACAGAUUAUUGUGUUAGUCAGUAACACAAGAAAAAUGUUUACUAUUUAGUUAAAAGUUAAUGUAAGCAAAUGUAAAAUGUGGAAUUUUGUAUUAUACUGUUUUUUGAAUUGUACUAUUGGCAAUUUUCUUAAAAAUAAAUCUAACUUCUAUAAUCUAA